AUGACUAUUCAAGUUCCCGGUGUAGUGCAUUUCCAUAUACGCUUCUUUCAGAUAAUCGGUUGCUUUGAUGCUUCGCUGCAAACGCAGCCUAGGUUGCAAAAGAUCGCCGAGCAGCGUCUUGUAUCCUGGACAAAUUUACUAUUGUUAAUAUUUUCCUUGACUACAGUGAAUACCUUCUUUCGGCCAGAUGCUUUUCUUUUCACCACAAACCGCUUCGGUUACUUCAACGAUGUUCUGAAGGUGUGCAUGGCGCAAGUGACAAUUUUAAUCAUUUACACGGAGACAGUAUGGUGCCGAUGUGCUUUGCGCCAUUUUUGGCAACGAUAUGCAUUGCUAACUCAAGUUAAAUCCGAACAAUUUCUCUCGAAUGAAAGUAAUUGGCGUGUGCAGUUAAGCACACAUCGUCACUUUCUUUACAUUUUAUAUGGCAUUACGGUAUUAGAUUUGCUCAUCGAGGUAGUCUUCUUCUCAUUGCAACCAUUAACCGAUCAGGCACAGCAGUUUUGGUUUAUGUUCACACCGUUCGUUUAUUUGGUGCAUUUGCGAAAUAUGCAAAUUGUAUUUCAUAUCGAAAUUAUACGACACGAACUUGAGAAACUGCGCAACGACGUUGGCCUACUGGCAGAGUAUACAAAUUUUGCUCGUCGCGUGGUGCCUUUCGCCGGAUUUGAAGACUUUGUGCGGCGGAAGUUGGCCGAGAAACAGUUGGUUUUUCAACGAAUUCAUGAGAUGCUCGACUAUUUUCGAAAUGCUUUUGGUAUGUCUAUCAUUGCCGUGCUUUUGAUGAUUUAUGUGCGAGUGGUCGUCGACGCGUACUUCAUGUUCUACAAUAAGUCAGCUGGCUGGUAUUUUGCAGAAAAUCUAUUAAUGUUGCCUGCGUACUUAGAGAUCCCAGCACUUUUGUUGACAUCACAGAAAUGCAUGAAUGUGGUGAAAUUCAUAGCAUUUGAGUUGCAUAACAUUCGGAGCUCCAAGCAGAAUUCACUUAUUUCUAUUCAGAUACAAAAUUUUUCACUACAAAUGUUGCACCAGAAAAUUCGAAUUGAUGGUUUGGGUAUAUCCGCUUUGGAUGGAAAAAUGUUAGUCAGUAUUGUCGGCUCUAUUACUACGUACAUGGUCUUCUUUAUACAAUUUAUGCCGAAAUUUAGAAAUUUAUAGAUCAUUCGAUAAAAUAGCAAAAACAAAAUCAAAAUUUAAGCGCAGAAUGUUACGUAUUUACAGAGUUCAUUUCAAGCGCAACAAAAGUCUGUAAAGUGUCUAACAUUUUUAAACUUAAGUGUUUUAUCGAGCUACUGGCACAUAACCUUU